AUGAUUUUUGUUAAACAAGCGAAUGAUUUGGGCAUUCAUGUUAUGGAUGGAACAUUUCUGGGAGAGCGAAGGGAGAGUGCAGAGGAGGCUUUUGACAACAUCUACCUCGACCUCUCAAAGCAACCCGGAAAAUGCAAGCUCGCUGAGAGUGGGUUGGGAUGGCGCCCUUCUGGCGGAGGUGAUACAUUCACUCUUGAUAGCAACAAUAUCGGCGCAGCUCAAUGGAGCCGGGCAGCGAAAGGAUUUGAGCUGAAAAUUCUAUCGCGUUCAUCGGGUGUGAUUCAAUUAGACGGGUUUGACCAAGAGGACUUUGAACGAUUGAGCAAGGCUUUCAAGAUUUGGUACGGCAUCAAUGUUGACAACCGCGAGCAUGCACUACGAGGGUGGAAUUGGGGUAAAGCAGAAUUCACAAAGGCAGAACUUGCUUUCAACGUCCAGAACCGACCAGCAUUUGAAAUCCCCUAUUCGGAAAUAUCGAACACAAAUUUGGCGGGAAAGAAUGAGGUCGCAGUCGAGUUCGCUCUUACAUCAGACGGCGACGCCAAUGCCCAACCUUCUGGAAGCACAAAGAACCGCGGUCGAAAAGCUGCCGCGGGUCCGGAUGAGUUAGUCGAGAUGCGUUUCUACAUCCCGGGGACAGCGGUUAAGACAGAGAAGGGCAUCAAGUCAGAAAAUGAUGAAGAGAACGGAGAAGAGGAGGAAGAAGGCGAAGAACAGAAUGCGGCGAAUCUCUUCUAUGAGACUCUUAUGGAGAAGGCAGAGAUUGGCGAUGUCGCUGGUGACACCUUUGCUACGUUCCUUGAUGUUCUUCAUCUUACACCUAGAGGUCGGUUUGAUAUCGACAUGUACGAAUCCUCCUUCCGACUUCGCGGCAAAACAUACGACUACAAGAUUCAAUACGCCUCCAUCAAGAAAUUUUUCCUACUUCCUAAGAACGAUGAGAUGCACACACUCAUUGUAUUAGGUCUUGACCCUCCUCUACGGCAAGGUCAGACUCGGUAUCCUUUCCUCGUCAUGCAGUUGAAGCUCGAUGAAGAAAUCAGCCUGGAGCUCAACAUGACAGAGGAACUAUUGGAAUCCCGCUACAAGGAUAAGCUGGAACCUCGUUACGAAGAGCCGAUUCAUCAAGUCGUCACCAAGAUUUUCCGUGGCCUGUCUGGCAAGAAGGUCAUCAUGCCAUCAAAGGACUUUGUCAGCCACCACGGACACAGCGGAGUCAAAUGCUCGAUCAAAGCCAACGAAGGUCUUUUGUACUUCUUGGAUAAGAGCUUGAUUUUCGUCCCCAAGCCCGCUACUUACGUGCAGAUUGAGAAUAUUGCUGUCAUCACCAUGUCCCGUGUUGGUGGCGCCGUGUCGGCAAGUAGAACAUUUGAUAUCACGGUCACAUUGAAGGCUGGAAUGGGAGAACACCAGUUUAGUAACAUCAACCGUGAGGAACAACAACCCCUUGAGGAAUUCUUCAAGGCCAAGAACAUUCGGUUCAAGAACGAGAUGUCAGAUGAUACUUCGGCACUCAUUGCCGCUGCCCUUGACAACGAUGACAUGAUGUCUAGUGAUGAGGAAGGUGGACGGGCCGAUCGCGGCUCAGCAGAUGAGGAUGAAGAAUCUGUUGACGAAGACUUCCAGGCAGAGUCUGAAUCAGAUGUUGCAGAGGAAUUUGAUUCUGAGCACGAAAGCAGCGGCAGCGCAAGUGACGCAGAGAUGGAUGAUGCUUCGGACGCCGGCGAUGAUGAUGAGGAUGUGGACAUGUCAGAGCAAGAGGAACGGCCUAAGAAGAAGAGCAAGACUGGGAAAUAG